AUGACCCCCAAGACCCUUUUCAGCUCUAAAACUUGUGAGAUGAAGAUGCUCGUUCUUUUGGACAACAACCUUCAGUAUAAGGAACAAGACCCAGAAUAUGAGCAGGGCAAGGUACUACAGUUUGGAGAAGCCAUGUUCCACAACCAGACAAGGACAAGUUAUUCCAGUGCCAUGGAUAACAUCGUACGAUUCCAAAAUCAGGACUUUGCUUCCUUGAGGGAUCACUGUUUAAGGAAUGGUGUGCUAUUCGAAGAUGACUUGUUCCCAGCCAAUGACAGUGCCAUAGGGUACAGACUCCUGAGUGAAAAGCAUCUUUCAAGCCCUGUAUGGUAUAGACCAAAGGAUUUGUCAGAGAUAGAGUCCCCUCACUUUAUUCUGGAUGGACUCAGCAAAUUUGAUAUUCAACAAGGAAUAACAGGUGACUGCUGGUUUCUAGCAGCUCUAGGAUCUUUAACUCAGAGACCCAAACUUCUGGCAAGGAUUGUGCCAACAAACCAAAGCUUCACACAAGGAUAUGCAGGGAUUUUCCAUUUCCAGUUUUGGCAGUGUGGACAGUGGGUGGAUGUGGUGGUAGAUGAUCGUCUACCUGUAAAACCGGUCUGGGUGGCUGACCGUUCGGUUGUGAAACUAAUUAGAAGAGAGUACCUGUUUGUUCAUCCUCGUGGAGGGAACAGUGAAUUUUGGCCCUGUUUGCUUGAGAAGGCUUAUGCCAAACUCCAUGGCUCCUACUCCAACUUGCAUUCAGGCAGUCUGGUUGACUCACUGGUGGAAUUGACAGGAUGGAUAGUCACCGCAGUUGAUCUUAAGAAAGACCAUCUCAAUCUGGUCAAGAAUUUGAAAGUGGCUGAGCAAUCUGGCUCAGUAAUAACAUGUGGGAUUGUCAAUGGCUUGGAUGUAGCACAGUCUGGACUAGUGAAUAAUCACGCCUAUGCAGUGACAGGAACCGCAGAGGUUCAUUUGAGCACUGGCAGGGAAGAACUCAUUAGACUGUGGAAUCCCUGGGGCUGGGGAUGUGAAGAAUGGCUAGGACGUUGGAGUGAUAAAUCAGAAGAAUGGUGGAAGAUCCAAGAUUCAGAGAGAACCAGGCUUUAUAAGAACAAAGCAGAUGGAGAGUUUUGGAUGUCCUUUCAAGAUUUCCAGAUGAAAUUUUCCCACAUUUUUAUUUGCUAUCAAGAGCCAAUGGAAAUGAACGAUGGAGACCUGACCAUUGGAACAUGGAUCCAAACUCCAUACAAAAUCCAAAAGAUUCCAGAAAACAUUAUGUCAGGUGGUAGCUCUGAUGUCCUGGGGAGUACACGUCAGUAUCUCUUCUCUGUGACAGAGCCCAUGGAAGGUGUCAAUGUGGUCGUCUCCAUGAACAUCCAGGCUAACUGGAAUAUCAGCACGAUACCACUUUUUAAAGUAUACAAGGAUCACCACAAACCAGGGAAUCCUGAGAUUCGUAGACAGUCACCACAAUCUGUCCAGAACAAAAUAAUCACAUGCAAAUGGAAUUACACAGAAAGUUUCCACCUGGUCCCUGGCACCUACAUAGUGGACCCUAUGACCAGUAAUGCAAGAGAGUCAAAGUUCUUCCUUCGAAUCUUCCUGAAACAGCCAGACAUCGACAGUGUCAACAGGAAUCUACAAGGAAGCUUCGAGUCCAUGAGAAUCAAGGAGAAUCUUCCAGGAAUCAUGUAUCAUGAGAGAAUUUUCCACAGAUAUGCCCAGCAGGGCCCAGAUAUUGGUGCAUCACAGCUACAAAGUCUUCUCAACAAAGAAUUCUUUAAAAGUAACUCUUCUGAAACCCUAGAGAGAAAGUUCACCUUUGAUGAGUGCCGGAGUAUUUUGGCUCUGAUGGAUGUCAAGGUCAAUGGACGUCUUGACCUAGAAGAAUUUGAGCAGCUAUGGAAGAAGCUCAUUCGAUGUCAGAGCAUUUUCCAGAAAGUAGAGAAGAAUGCCUCUGGAUUCCUCCUGGGUUCACAACUGUGGAAGGUGAUACAAGAAGCAGAAUUAUUCCUAGAUACUUCCAAUAACAGUGAGCUGCUAGACCUCAUGACCAUUAGGUAUGGAGAUGGAACUGGAAAAAUAUAUUUCUCAGACAUGGUCUGUUUGCUCAUCCGCCUUGAAAUUGUGUCAAAGGCUUUUCAUAACCUCUCAAGGGAUGGGAGAGUCUGCUUGACCAAAACUGAGUGGCUCAAGUUUAACAUGUAUUGCUAAGACAUUGAACAGGCCUUACAGAGAAGAUAAGAAGUUGUCCUAAACUUCCUUCCAAGUAUUAGCAUCCCU